AUUGACACGGAUUGCAAACGACGAAUUUGAAAAAUUGAGGCUAAACUUUUCAAUAUGCGUAAACCGUGUUUGGACAGCGCGGGAAACAGCGAGGACGUCACGUGACCAAACGGGUUGGUGAGGAGGACAAGCGAACGUCACGUGAGUGAAUAGUAAGGUGGCUGUUAUAUUGCAGCCUUUGUGGCUUUUAAGUUUACUACAACAACGUGAGCUAUCGUUCACAUCCUCAAGACCAAAAGGAAAUAUUUGCAACAGAAACGAAAACUGCGACGCUCCCUAUUGAUAAUAACACGCCAUACUCAGUGAGUUUAAGCGAACAUUUGGAGAAAUAUAGAUAUCGAGAAUUAUUAGAUUUAAUUAAGUGAGAGUUUUUCUGUUUCCCAAUGCGUGGUUUUAGCGCUUUGUAAAUUCCGUGAAGCUUAUAUGCUUAGUUCACCAUUCUAUAUUGUUUUCCUAAAAGUCGUGUAGUUGCCUGAGAAUGUCAUGAGACCUGCCAAACGGCUGUCUGAAAAGGCGCCAAGCAAGUUUCAAAAACAGCAGGUCAGCCACGGAUCAACAAUAAGGCACCAGUUACUUUAGCAAUUGAACAAUACUUUAGCUCUUAUCUUAUCACUGACUAUUUAAACAAAUGCUAAGCAAAACAGAUCAAAACUGACUCUGCUUCUACUACUUGCUUAUUUAAAUCUUUAAUGCAUUGUUUUCAGCGGGCUAGCCGUUUGUGAUUUUAAGUUACACGCGGUUGGAAUUUCAAGAGGGAAUUUAAUUUUGCUGUUAAUGUUUUUGAAGUCCGGCUGAAAUCAGGCAUGGUUCGCCAUCCACCAUUACCAGUGCUUUUGUUUGGUUUGCUGUGUGUUGUUUCCUGGGCAUUGGGCGAUGACGAAGACAAUGGUUGUUUCGAGCCACUUGGAAUUCAAGCUGGCGAGUUUAACGACGGCGAAAUCGCAGCUUCCAGCAUGUUAAAAAAUUUCACGUCUACGGACGCAUGGUGCCCGCCAAAAAACGACGAAAACCAGUAUCUGCAAGUGGAUUUGUCCAGAAAAACUGAAGUCACAAAGAUUGCCACACAAGGGCAGAUUGGUAGUAAGGACAGACAUGUGAAAACUUAUGCGUUAUUGUACAGCGAUGAUGGAAAGAAAUGGGAACAAUACGGAAAUAAAGGAAAGGAAAAGAUUUUCGAAGCCAACAAAGAUUCGUUCACAGUUCAUCAUAACAAAUUAGAAAAGCCUCUAGUUACAAGGUAUCUUCGUAUUAACCCAAGGUCAUGGGAAAAUGCCAUUUGUUUGAGGCUUGAGGUAUUUGGAUGCGAUGUGUGAAGACCACGUGAUACCGGCCAGGGUCAUCUAUGUCCAAAGUCCACAUCGUGCAAAGAUCUUGUCCUCAUUUUUAAAGCACAAAAUAAAAACCAGAGCGAAGAAGAACAUUCUUACCAUUAAUAAUUCAAAUUGAAGCUAAGGAAGAAAGAAUUCUACAAGCAGUAACAUAACACACUUGAAAUCUCAAUAUUGACUUCUAAAAUUUGUCGUUAUUGUGCAAGAAGUCAAGCUCAGAGCAUAUCAUAUCAUAGGGUUUUAAGUAAGGGUUUGUUUUUCCAUCAAGGAUGUUUUUAGCGUUAUCUUGUCUUGAGACUGUAAUCUGAGGGCUUCCCUUUCGCGCGGUCGUCUUUUUUCAAGCAAGAAAUCUUGGAUCUAUGAAAUAUCAAGUACACUUGUAUAUAUUUUUAAAUAGUUCUAAUAGUUGAUUAAUAGUAAAGUCAAUGUAACGAUUUUCAACACUCGUGUAUCAAGUCUCGUGUGUUGGAUGAAUGACGAACUAUUUUUGACAUUUUUUGUAUGUAGUUCACGAUGACCGCAAGCAAUCAAGAUGUAAUUUUCACUCACAAGAAACGAUUCAUGUUGUAGACUUGUCCUAAGCUUGAAACACGAGGCAAAGAUUUUUUUAAAUAAUUGCUUACAACACUAAAAUUGUUUACAAUACUGACAUUAUUUACAAUACCAACUUUGCUUACACUACUAACAUUACAUGCAAAAACUAAGAUUACUUACAAUACUAAUAUUACUUACAGUACUGAAAAUACUUAACAGACCGUUUUAAAGCACAGAAAACAGAGCGAACUGUAAUAAGGUUAUUUGUAAAGUUAAAGAAAUAAGUAAUACUAACACAUCGCUGAAAUAUUACAUUUUUAAACCUUC